GGCGGGCCUUUUGCCCAUUAAUUUAUCCACAGAAAGUGCAAAGAGAAAAUCGCAAAAGAAUUUCUCCCUUUCUUCUUCUCUUCUUUUACUCUGAGUUUCUUGUCAUUCGACUUCUCUUUCUGUCUUCUUCUGCUCGGCCUUUGACUCUUUCGUUGGCUAAUAAAGAAAAUAAAAACCCGAAGAAACCAGCCUCCGCUUCGUCUUUCCCAUCUUCAACGGAGCGACUCGGUAAAAGGCCCGAACUUCCCAGCUAACCUCCCUCUUUCCUGGGUACCCAUUUCGAAUGGCCGAGAUCUGAGGCUCUGGAUUGCUCGCUUGGUAAUUUUCGGGUCCGAUUUCCGGUUUUUUCCGAUGAGCUUGAAGGUCUUACUACACGUUCUCUGAUCGUUUGUCUACUGGCUGCUGUUGUCUUCCUUGGAAGUUGAGCUUCCUUAUCUGCCGUCGUUUGGUCAAACCCACUUCUUGGAUCAAUCGUUCUGCUUGUGUUCCGUCAAUUGAGGGACCCGUUAUUCGUUUGUCAAUACUGAAGAGUUGGAUACAUGCAGCUGAACCGAUGGUUUCUUCUUGAUUGACUCUGGAUCGUGGUUGCUAGCCGCGUUCUCGAGACCUUCUCAUCAAACUUCUGGUCUUGGGUUUCGCCCGCCGCAUUCAGAGUCAACGCCGGGUAGCUCUAGUGGGAAUCGACUUGAUCGAUCUGUUUAGCUGUCCAACGUCGGGUUCUUGCGUAGAGUGUAGUUAGUAGCGUUUGAGGUGAUUUGAUCUUCAUGUUCAAGGGUAAUCGACUGAUUUACUAGAGACUACACAGUAGAUAUAUCAAUGGGCAAUACCUGUGUGGGACCGAGCAUUACGAAGAAUGGGUUCUUCCAAUCAGUCUCCGCCGCGAUGUGGCGGUCCCGACUACCAGAUGGUUCGGUACACACGAAUGCGGAGACUGUGAAUGAGGAGGCAGCCAAAGAGCCCGAAUCGCCUUUGCCGGUGCAAAAUAAGCCUCCCGAGCCAGUAACAAUGCCGAAGCCAGAGCCCAAACCGGAAAGUCCUCCCAAGCCCAAGAAAAAGCCUCAGAUGAAGAGGGUGUCUAGUGCAGGACUGAAGACUGAUUCGGUUUUGCAAAGGAGAACCGCCAAUUUCAAGGAGUUCUAUAACUUGGGGAAGAAGUUAGGGCAAGGGCAAUUUGGAACUACCUUCUUGUGUGUAGAGAAAGCCACAGGAAAAGAAUUUGCUUGCAAAUCUAUAGCCAAAAGGAAGCUGAUCUCUGAAGAGGAUGUCGAGGAUGUGCGAAGAGAAGUUCAGAUAAUGCACCACUUGGUGGGGCAUCCAAAUGUUAUAUCGAUCAAGGGGGCUUAUGAGGAUGCGGUGGCCGUCCACGUGGUCAUGGAGUUAUGUGCAGGUGGUGAGCUCUUUGAUCGGAUCAUUCAACGUGGGCAUUAUACUGAAAGAAAGGCCGCUGAGCUUACUAGGACUAUAGUUGGUGUAGUUGAGGCUUGUCAUUCUCUGGGCGUGAUGCAUCGCGAUCUUAAGCCUGAGAAUUUUCUCUUUGUUAGUAAGGAGGAGGAUUCCUUGCUGAAGACAAUUGACUUUGGAUUGUCAGUAUUCUUCAAACCAGGUGACAAGUUCACAGAUGUGGUCGGCAGCCCUUAUUAUGUUGCACCAGAAGUUCUCAAAAAGCGUUAUGGACAAGAAGCUGAUGUUUGGAGUGCAGGGGUUAUCCUCUACAUACUGUUGAGUGGAGUUCCUCCCUUUUGGGCUGAGACUGAGCAAGGGAUAUUCGAACAAGUCCUGCAUGGGGAUCUUGACUUUUCGUCAGACCCGUGGCCUAGUGUCACAGAAAGUGCUAAAGACUUGGUGAGGAGGAUGCUUGUUCGAGAUCCUAGAAGGCGGCUUACUGCUCAUGAAGUUUUGUGCCACCCAUGGAUCCAGGUUGAUGGUGUUGCUCCCGACAAGCCUCUUGAUUCUGCAGUAUUGUCUCGCUUGAAGCAAUUUUCAGCAAUGAACAAGCUGAAGAAAAUGGCUCUUGGAGUUAUAGCAGAGAGCUUAUCUGAAGAAGAAAUCGCUGGCCUGAAAGAAAUGUUCAAGAUGAUAGACGCAGAUAAUAGUGGCCAGAUUACCUUCGAAGAGCUUAAGGCAGGAUUGAAAAGAGCGGGAGCCAAUCUAAAAGAGUCAGAAAUUUAUGACUUAAUGCAAGCGGCGGAUGUAGAUAACAGCGGGACAAUUGACUAUGGGGAAUUCAUUGCUGCCAUGUUGCAUUUAAACAAAAUCGAGCGAGAAGAUCAUCUAUUUGCUGCUUUUAACUACUUUGACAAGGACGGGAGUGGCUACAUCACCCAGGAUGAGCUUCAACAAGCUUGCGAGGAGUUUGGCAUCGAGGAUGUACGCCUGGAAGAAAUGAUCAAGGAAAUCGAUCAGGACAACGAUGGACGGAUAGACUACAAUGAGUUCGUGGCAAUGAUGCAACAAGGAAAUGCGAUGUUUGCAAAUGCAGCUGCUUUUGGCAGGAAAAGCCUAGAAAGUAGUUUCAGCAUCGCACUUAGAUAAGCUAUAUAAAACUCCAGUGGCACAAGCAGCGGUGACAUUCUUCCUUGGUAUCCUUCUCUUAAAUAUGUAAUCUUUCCUAGUCAUUUCACAAUUUUUCCCCUUGAUGAGAACUAGAGUUAUCAAGAACUCGUGGAGCCAGCGCUGGCAAGGCCUGUUUCAUGUCCUUACUCUUGGGACAUAGAGAUUGAUUUUUCACCCCGUUUUUCACACCCAAACGUUUUUUCCUUCCUUGUUUCUUUUUUCCACACAAUGUUGGAAGACUUCCGUAACUGGCUGUAUUGUGUUUUUCCAGUUCAGGAUAGUUCUUUGUUGUUUUAAAGAAAUAGAAUGGUUGUAUCUCUCGGUCAAGUUAUUGGUUUUUUCCCCCAUGAUACAGCUUGUAAUUUC